GGGGAGAAAAAUGGGAGAGGAAAGGGAAUACAAUCAUGGGUUCUUUCCAUCGGAGGUAAACACACUGGCCGCCAUAGCUGAAACUCUCUUCCCUCCGUUACCACCAACUUGCUUUCAAACACAAGAAAAAAACCAGACACCAAUAAGUAAAGCUGUUCAGUCUUUCAUGGAAGCUUCAGGCUCCGAUUCCCAAAUUCCGGACAAGGUAGCAGAGAUUAUAUGGAAAAGAGCAUUCUUGACAUUGUUGAUGGCGGUGAGGAUGGUGUUGUUGUUGUUGUCGAGUCGGAUGGGGACUUUGUUGCUUUGUGGAAGGCCUUGUUUGGGUGCAAAAUGGCCUUUUAUUAAUCGCUUCUCCACCAUGCCAUUGGCCAAGAGAGAGCAAGUUCUGCAAGCCUGGUUUAAGCAUCGAUGGAUCUUUACUCCUAUUAGAUCUACUUUGGUCUACUUCAAAAUGGUCAUCCUUUACAAUAUCUUCACCAGGGUGGAUAAAAAUGGUGAAAAUCCAUUAUGGGAAGCAAUUGGGUAUGCUAUUGACAAAGUUGAGAAUGUUCCAAAUGAUAGACCUCUUCAAAAAGGAAUAAUCGAGACAUUGCAUGCAAAAGACUCCACUGAACUUCGUAUUUCACUAACAAAUAAAGGCCUUCAAGUCACAGAAGAUCCCCGGAAAAACGUCCUCAAGAUCAAAUGCGACGCGGUGGUAAUCGGCUCAGGAUGCGGAGGAGGUGUCGCUGCAGCGACGCUUGCCGGUUUGGGCCUGAAGGUGGUCGUAUUAGAAAAAGGAGAGUAUUAUGGUCCUGCGGAUUAUUCCCCCUUGGAAGGUCCUUCAUUAGAGAAUCUAUAUGAAUCAGGCGGAAGCCAUCCGAGUGUCGAUGGGAAGAUAUUGGUUCUUGCAGGUUCCACAGUAGGUGGUGGCUCGGCCGUUAAUUGGUCAGCUUGUAUAAGAACACCGGCACCGGUGCUUCAGGAAUGGGCUGAGGAGUAUAAACUCCGGGUUUUCGGGAGCAGGGAGUAUGUUUCGGCCAUGGAUAUCGUUUGGAAGAGGCUUGGUGUCACUGAAGGUUGUAAACUGGAAAGCUUCCAGAAUCAAGUUCUCUGUAAAGGGUGUCGAAAUCUCGGACUUGAUGUCGAAAACGUGCCCCGGAAUUCUUCCGACGACCAUUAUUGCGGAUCUUGCGGGUAUGGUUGUAGAAGAGGAGACAAGAAAGGGAGUGACAGAACAUGGCUGGUUGAUGCUGUUAACAGUGGCGCAGUCAUUUUAACAGCCUGCAAAGCAGAGAGGUUGGUGUUGGAACAUAACAGGACAAGUACAAGUACGAGGAACAUGAAGUGUUCGGGUGUUAUUGCAACAUCUUCGAACCAAAACAUCACGAAGAAACUGGAAAUAGAAGCCAAAGUAACAAUCUCGGCCUGUGGGACAAUCCACACACCUCUUUUGAUGUAUUCGAGCCGGCUUACGAAUACGAACAUCGGUCGGAAUCUUCAUCUCCAUCCGGUCACAAUGACAUGGGGUUACUUCCCGGAUUCCGAUUCCGACCUCAAAGGGAAGUCCACGGAGGGUGGGAUCAUAACAUCAGUUCAUAAAGUGUUGGGACCAAACAACAAACUGCAAGCCAUCAUCGAAACUCCAUUAAUGGGGCCAGGGCAAUUCAUCGCUUCGUUCCCUUGGGUGUCCGGUCUCGACAUCAAACAAAGGAUGCUAAAAUUCUCGAGAACCGCAACCAUGUUAACGAUAAUAAGGGAUCAAGGGUCCGGGAAAGUUAGUACCAACGGACGGAUAAUGUACAAGUUUGAAAAGUCGGACCGAGACAACAUUCGAGUCGGGAUGAGACAAUCGUUGAGGGUUCUAGUAGCAGCCGGGGCAGUCGAGGUUGGGACUUAUCAGAGCGACGGGCAACGAAUAACAUGCAAAGGGGUAAGCGAUGAGGAGUUGGACGAGUUUUUAGACACGGUAUCGACAGAAGGUGGACCGUCGUUGGGCGUCGAAAACUGGACCGUCCACAGUAGUGCACACCAAAUGGGGAGUUGUAGGAUGGGGAUUAAUGAAAAAGAUGGUGCGGUUGAUGAACAUGGGGAGAGUUGGGAAGCUGAAGGAUUGUAUGUUUGUGAUGCAAGUGUUCUGCCAAGUGCCAUUGGUUUUAAUCCUAUGAUCACUAUUAUGACUACUGCUUAUUGUAUCUCAAAGGGAAUAGCAGCUAGAACACACAAAAAUAUAGCCUUUACCAACAGGGUUGGUUCAAGUGGUAAGCAAUUAGAUAUCGUUUAAAUCGGUCUCAAGUACGAGCCGUUGUGUAUGCAAAAAAUCCCCGCUAAGAGACUCACCCACCAAAACCAAAUGUACACCCUCUUGAAUUAGAUUAAUUCAUUCACCAUUGUUUAUUAUUUGAAUAAAUUA